UUAAUGAAAUUAAUUAAUUUGUACUUUAAACAUAGAAAUAAUGACAUUUAAAUUGAUAGAAAAUGUUAAUAAAGUAUCUCACUCUUGGUAGGAAUUGUGAUAGUGUCUGACCAUUCCUGAUAAAGCAAAAAAGUAAAAAUAUAAUAAUAUCGCUCGUCGUUUCCUUUUUUAUUGUCAGUUUGCAACUCGUGGUAACAUUUCUCUCAUCGUGUUUCCUAAGGAUGAUUAGUAUGAUACGAAGUUUUCUUACAACAUCCGUGGAAUGUCAUUCAAUUCUUUCUUCAUCUGGAUUCUUUCAUCAAAAUAUUUCAACAAAUCGAGCACAUUUUUACAAUGACUCAAAAUUAGAUAAUUUGAAUUUCCUCGCUGAAUUUACUCCAGGAUUUUGUGUGAAUGCAGCAAAUGUUAAAGUUAUCCAUCAUCCAAAGGAUUUCUAUAACAUUCUUUUAAAGCGUGCAUCUGCUGCCAAGGAGAGAAUUGGCCUCGCAAGUUUAUACAUUGGAGUAGGAAAACUUGAAUCUGAAUUAAUAGAAGCGAUAAGGACAAACUUGAAUAGCAAUAAAAACAUUAAAGUGAACGUUCUUCUAGACUUCACAAGAGGAACAAGAGGAAAAAUUAAUUCUAAAACAAUGCUAAUGCCUCUCCUCAAUCAAAGUGAAAACUUCAACUUAUCUCUUUAUCACACACCACUUCUCCGAGGUAUCACUAAAAGCUUAGCACCAGCAAGAUGGAAUGAGGUACUUGGUCUUCAACACAUGAAAAUUUAUCUCUUUGACGACUCCAUAAUCAUGUCUGGAGCAAAUCUAUCGAAUGAUUACUUCACAAAUAGACAAGAUCGCUACAUUGAAAUCCAGGAUAAAAAGCUCACAAGCUAUUUUUCUAGUCUUUUAGAAAAAGUUCAAGAAUUUAGUCUGAAGGUUGAAAGAAAUGGUUCCUUUAGUUUGCAUGAAAAUUGGAAUCUUCUGCCAUACAAAAGCGAUCAACAAAAGUUUGCAACCGAAGCUAAAGCAAGAAUAAGCAGCUUUUUCAAAGAAACUUUUGAAAAGCAAAGACAUGAACUUGAUAACAUUUCUAAUGAUACGUGGAUUUUUCCUACUCUCGAGAUGGGUCAGCUGGGAAUUCAUCACGAUAGUGUUGUCAUGGAAAAGAUUUUAAAUGUGUCAGAAAAGGGGUCAACUAUCAAUAUGGCUUCGGGAUAUUUCAACUUAACAGAGAAAUUGAAAGAUUUUAUUGUAAAAAAGUGCCAUGCUGACUUUAAUAUAAUAAUGGCUCAUCCAAAUGCCAAUGGAUUUAAGGGAUCAUCGUGGCCAUCGAGUGGUAUUCCAGAUGCAUACACAUUAAUUGCCAAGAAAUUCUUUAAUCUCAUCAAAGAAAAUGAACAAGAAAAUCGGAUCUCAUUGUUCGAAUAUGAGCGUUCUUUUUGGACUUACCAUGCAAAAGGAAUUUGGUAUUAUCCCGUAGAUUCGUCCUUACCUUGUAUGACAGUCGUUGGUUCGUCAAAUUAUGGCGAACGAUCAUUGAAUCGAGAUCUCGAAUCGCAAAUUUGUUUAGUAACAACAAAUAAAGAGCUGCAGCUUUCUUUGAAAAAUGAAUAUGACCAUCUUAAAGCUUACGCUUCACCCGCCGAAUUCAAUCUCCUUCAACGAAUCGUUCCAAAUUGGGUGAAAUGUGUUGUUUUACUUUUUAAAAAUUUCUUCUAAUAAAAGUUAUAAAUUUAGAAUUUAUACAGAACACGAACGUAUUUCUAUAUUAUUUAUGUUAUUUCCUUA